GACGAAUAGUUAGUCGAUCGGUCGAGCGCAACGACAACGGUUCUUUCAAUUACCAGAUCUACUCGCAGUGCUUUAUAGCAGCUCGUCCCAAGAUGAUCUCCGAUUGGUCUUGCAACAGUUUGCUGUUGCUGCUGAUGUCGUUGGCCAUGUGUCCUUGGGCUGGCGCCAAGUUACCUUCCUCUAUAAAACCAUGUGCCCGAGAUGAUCCUCAGCUAGAACGCUGCAUCAUUAAUGCAGUGUACCAGAUAAAGCCGCGACUUAUGCAUGGGGAUCUGGGAGACGGAUAUAAAACGCCACCAUUGGAGCCUCUGUCUUUGGAUAACAUAGAACUCGGCCAAAGUAGUCAGUUCCAGGCUGUGUUUACACACCUCGAGGCUAGUGGAGGCAGCAACUUUAUUAUUGAUCGUCUUAUUGCCAAACCAGCACAGAUAUCCUACGAUCUUUGGAUAACUCUGCCGCGCAUAGACUUUAAGGGCAAGUAUUCUAUGCACCUUAAUCUGCUGCUUUUGGAUAUUAAGGGAAGAGGAAACAUGCAUGGAUACGCCGAAAACGCUAAGGCUUUUGUCAAGAUGCGUGGCACUCGCUAUCUGCGAGACGGGCAAGAGUACGUAAAGUUCACCAAGAUGACCAUGCGCAUACAAUUUAAGGACUUUAAGUUGAACUUAGAAAACCUCUUCAACGGCGAUCGUAUUUUGGGAGAAGUGGGAAACACCCUCAUCAAUAGCAAUCAGGAAUUAUAUCUGAAUGAAAUUAUUCCUGGUCUGGAGCGUGGUCUAUCUAAAAAGUUUUUGGAUGUGGCCAACGAAAUCCUGGAUACCGCUACCUUUGAUGAAAUGUUCCCGCCUGGAAGGACUAUUAUUAAUCCGAUUUCUUUUCCCUCACCCUCAGCGGGACUCGGUCCAUCCAUAUUUGAGCCGCCAUUUGCAUCGAAAAACCCUGCUGGUAGUAUUUUAGAUCAUCCUUGAUAUUGAAAUACACUUGAAAACUAAGUCUCUCAAGAUUUAUGGAAAUAAUAUAGUACAUAUGCUAUGCUA